GUGGCCGAGUGGAGACUAACCCAGCUGCAUGCGCCCCCACCCCCACCCCAGCUGCACCCCUAACUGCUUGGAAACUGACUGUGGGCACACUUGGGCUCCCCGCAGCGAGGCUGGACGCAGGAUUCUGGCCUUCUCCUGCCUGAGGCUUCUCGCUCCUCCCCGGGCCCUGACUCUCAAUCUGCUGGAGCUCCAGAGGCCCUGUGGUCAUCUUGCACAGCCUCAAAGACAACUGCGGAGGCACCUGUGUGCCUCGGUCCUUGUCCCAUUGCCCAGGCCUGGCUGCCUGAGAAGCACAAAGUGAAGCUCUUCUUGGGAAAGGCAGGGUAGGAAAACCUGAUCUUGGAGCAGACACACUGGUUUUGUUAAGCUACAGUGCCCUGCAGGCUUCCUGAAACCGUGUUCUCAGGCAGGGCCGAGAAUACAGCAAGUGCAGCCCCAAUCCACACAGUGUAAGGCGGGUUGAAGCUCUUCUGGCUGCGGCAGAAAUGUGUUUGGGACCGUACUAGUGGGCACCCAGUACCUUGAGUUGGUGUGCGAAUUCUUUAAGGUGAAACAGAUGCAGCUUACUGAAUACCUACUGUGUGCCUGCCCUGCCGGAGAUUUUACCUUGAGUUUGUCUGCGUGGUGGCCUACCUUGGACUGUUCAUGCUUUGUGUCUCAUAUCAAGUUGAUGAGAGAACAUGUGUCCAGUUCUCAAUGAAAGUGCUCUACUUCCUGCUGAGUGCCCUGGGCCUGAUGGUCUGCAUGCUGGCCGUGGCGUUUGCCGCCCACCACUGUUCCCUGCUUGCACAGUUUACCUGUGAGACCUCCCUCGAUUCUUGCCUGUGCAAACUGCCUUCCUCGGAGCCUCUCAGCAGGACCUUUGUUUACCGGGAUGUGGCUGACUGUACCAGCAUCACUGGCACAUUCAAAUUGUUCUUAAUUAUCCAGAUGGUUCUAAACCUGGUCUGUGGCCUUGUGUGCUUGCUGGCUUGCUUUGUGAUGUGGAAACACAGGUACCAGGUCUUUUAUGUGGGUGUUGGGCUACGCUCCCUGAUGACUUCUGAUGGACAACAACAAAAGACCUAACAGCUUGACUCAGGCGUAGAGGCAGAAACAGAACCCUGGUUAGCCAAGGUGAAAAACACAAUUUUUUAAAGGCAAACUUUUGACAACAAAUGCUUAUUCAUUCUCUAAGUGAAUAUUUUUAGAUUUUUCAGUGAACAAAAGAACUUUUUGUAGAUAUCUAUUGUAUAUUUUAAAAUAUUCUUGUGAGGUCAGGGAUGGAGAGAUGGCUCACAAGCCCUCUUGCAGAGGACCGAGUUCAAGUUCAGUUCCAGAACCCAAGUUGGAUGACUCACAACUACUUGUACCCCCAGCUCCAAGGGUAUUGGGUACCCACACAUAUGCACACACAUGUACAUAAUUUAACAAAACAAAAACUUUUAAAGUUUUUAUGAGAAAUAAGAUUCAAAUUGAUUUCACAAACUCUAAAUGGAAAAGUAAUAACAGAUGAGGAAUGAAUGACCUACCUAGAUCAAUUGCUUUCUGGUGCUUACUCCUGACACUCUUUCAUCCAUGACUUACGCAACCUCCUUUCCUGUCCAUCCAAUAUGAUGGUGUGAACUGGCGUCUAAGGCCACUUCCUAGCCUCCAGAUUCUUCUAGUUCCUUCUACCACCUGCCAUUAUCCAUGUGGUGUCUUGGAGAGUGGUAGAGUCUGGGGAAAGAUGAAUCUCUGUGUUGAAUGCUUUAAUUUAUCACAGUACAGAUGUCUUUAAGGCAUGAAGUAGCUUAAAAAAACGAGUAGA